AAGGGAGCUGCCUUUAAUAUGUUUGUUAUCAUUAAAUCAGAGCACUACGAGGUCUACGUGAAUGGCUUGGAGCUUUGCACAUUCAAACAUCGCAUUCCUUUGGAGAAGAUUUCUGUGCUUGGCAUUUCUGGAGAUGUUUCCAUCAAUUUCAUUGGUUUUAUUGAGACCUGGAGCAAAUUUUCCUUCAUCAUAGAAAAUAACGAAAUCACAGGCAUGCGAAACUCAUCCUGGAGAUGCUCGUCUCAUCAGAUGAUCAGCACAUCAUCUUAAGAUUUUUAAUCACGUUUUCAUAACUGUUGGUUUUUGUCAUCGUCCUUUUGCAUCAUUAUAUGGAGUUUUAACUAGAAUUAGAAUUGUUGUGUUCUGCAUGUAAUUAUUCAGUUCUGGAUUAGAAU